UCUUCGCGGCCGGCCCGGCGGCCGGCUUGCCCGUCUCCGAGCUCCACGCGAGAGACGGGAGAACGCCAAGGAACGAGAGGAGCCCGAAGCCGCGGAUCCCACGAGGAAGAACAUGAAGAUGGAGGUAAGAAUUGAGCACACGUGGGAUGGUUUACCUGUGAGCCACGACCCCGUAGCAAUUGCACUUCAGUCGUAUGAUGCAGGACUGCUAAUGCAAGUGAGUGCUCCCUUCUUCAAUGAUCCUCCAGCGCCACUUGGAGCGCCAGGGAAACCCUUCAGAAAACUGUGGGACUAUGAAGUUGUAGAAGCAUUUUUCUUGAGUGACGGAAGUGAGCAGUAUCUAGAAGUUGAACUUUGUCCUCAUGGACAACACUUACUGUUGCUGCUUUCUGGCAAAAGAAGAGUGUGGAAAGAAGAACUUCCCUUAGAAUUCGAUGUGACCAGAACGGAAACCAAAUGGAGGGGUAGAGCUCAUCUGCCUUGGAAUUAUUUUCCACCAGGCAUUAACAAGUUCAAUGCCUUUGCAAUCCACGGCUCAGGAGAUCACAGAAAAUAUGAAGCACUUUAUCCUGUGCCUCGACACAAACUUCAGGAAGGCCAGAAACCAGACUUAGAUGGCUCUGAGUUAUGGAAGAACUAGAGAAGACAGAUGGAAUUGGAAGUGUAAUGAAAGGAUGCCCACUAUCAACAGCAAAACUAGAGCAUGUUUACACUGUGCUGUGAGUGGACUUGCUUAUUUUCAGAGUCUGCAACAAGUUAAUACAGGCUGUUACUUGUGUGUGGGCAGUUAGUUCAAAUGAACUAGCUCUACAAGAGUGCUGCAGUUCUCAUGAAAACUUGGUACUCAACAUAGUGAUAGAUGGGUAAACUGCAGAAUGCCUGUAAUAAUUUUCAAGAAGGGUUGUUUUUUGUUUUCUAAGAGUAUGUCUUCAUAGAAAUCCUGACUUGUUCAGAGAUGAUCAGUAAACGUAUUUAUGGGAAGAGGUCGCUCCAUGCUGCUUUAAUUGCUCUUAGCUGGCCUUCACAUGUAAAAUGGACACUACUCAUUUAGAGAAUUUCAUUUACUUAAAUGAUGCUACCAGGUGUUCUAUUUACUGUUUGGCAGCUGUUUAAGUAUUACUAAGAAAUGAGCCUCAGUUGAUUCUGCUUGGCAAUGCAAAGGAGAAUUCCUAGCAAGAACCAGUUUGUAACGGUUGAAAGUGAGAUGCGGCCUUACAGGAGAAGAAUACUUAUUAGCUUCAUUAUCCUGUUCUGACUCCCAGUUUUCUGUAAGGAGAGGAUCUCCUUGUGGAGAUUUCCAAUUGGUCAAAAGUUGUAAACGGUAUUUGGCUGCAGUGCAGAUACGUUGUAGAGCAGGUGGUCAUUUUGUGUUUGGUCUGACUGCAUUUUUGGUCAACGUAAGAGCUCACCUCUAAACCCUGCCUUUUAACUUCAUACCGUUGUUCCUGUUUGUAGCUCAGGAUUUUGCCUUCUUUCCAGUACAAGAUUUUCAGAAACAGUGUUUACAUUCCCAGAAAGGAUGGGAAAAAACAUCAGUGAAGCCUACUGAGAAUGUUCUAAGAUGGUACUUUGGAACUUAAUGUUUUUUGUUUCU